AUGUCUGCGAUGCUGAAAUUGUCAUUUGUGUUCUCUGAGGCAAACGACAGAAAGUGGUGCAUUGCUAAGCCUUCUACUCCUGAUGCUCAGCUUGAAAUGAAUAUCCAGUAUGUCUGCGAAAGUCAAAGGUACCACAAGAUUGACUGCUCCGCAAUCCGACCGGGAGGUUCCUGUUACAACCCUUCUAACAAGGUAUCAUCUGCAUCGAUGGUCAUCGACCUCUAUUUCCAACCAGAAGGACAGACGACCAAUGCUUGCCAUUUCAAUGGCAGUGGAAUGAUUGUUUAUGAAAAUCCUAGUGAGUAG